UGGGAUCUGAACCCAUGUAAUUAUGUUUUCUGAAUAUAAAGCUGAUGCUGCCAAUUUAUUCUUGUUUAUGGUUACUUUUUCAGAAUGGUCCGAAAUUACAAAAGAAAGAGUGACAGGUUUAAGUGGAGCAAAGAAAACCUAGACAGAGCCGCCGACUAUGUUAAGUUUGGGAGUGUAUCUGUUCGAGAAGCUGCAAUAAAAUACAAUAUUCCCAAGUCGACGCUGCAGCGCUUUCUGAAGGGAAAUGUUGAAAGCGGGAAGAGAGGUGCCUUUACCACUGUUUUCAGUAAAGAGAUGGAAGACGAGUUAGUAAACCAUGCACUGAAACUCCAAGGGUUGAUGUAUGGCCUAACUGGGGAUGACCUCCGCUCUCUUGCUUUUGAGUUUGCUGAAAGAAACAAAAUUAAACAUCCUUUUCCAAAUGACAAGAAAAAGGCUGGAGCGGAUUGGCUGAGACACUUUAUGAGUCGACACCCAGAGUUGUCUUUUUGUACCCCAGAAAAAACAAGCCUCAGUCGUAUCACUGGAUUUAAUAAGGUUCAGACAAUGAAGUUUUAUGAACUAGUCAGAAAGGCCAUGGAGGAACAUCACUUUGAACCACAGCGUAUCUACAAUGUGGACGAAACUGGAAUGAGCACCGUCCCAAACCGCACAUCAAAGGUUAUUGCCAAGAAGGGUGUCAAACAGGUGGGACAAAUCACUUCUGCGGAGAAAGGUCAAACAACAACCCUCGUAUGCGCAAUGAAUGCCGCUGGAUCGUUCAUUCCUCCAGUAUUUAUCUUUGCGCGCAAGAACAUGAAUGCACAACUAAUGCGGAAUGCUCCGGUUGGUGCAAUAGGGCUCUGCUCUGACAGUGGGUGGAUGAAUACUGACUUAUUCCCUAAGUGGCUGGAUCAUUUUAUUGAUCACACGAAAAGCUCUACCGAAGACAAAGUGUUGCUCAUUUUGGACAACCACGUGAGCCACUGCUCCAUCGAGGCGAUUAAGAAAGCAAGAGAGAACGGGGUUGUCAUGAUAACAAUCCCGCCACACACUAGCCAUAAAACACAACCGCUGGACAGGACGUUUUACGGUCCCUUGAAAACUGCUUAUGAACAAGAAUGUCACAAGUUUAUGGUCAAUCAUCCAGGCAAACGUAUCACACAAUAUGAUAUUGCUGAACUCGUGGGACAAGCGUACCCUCGUUGUGCCUCAGUUGAGAAGGGGAUCAAGGGAUUUCAGUGCACUGGUAUCUACCCUUUCAACCCAGAUAUAUUUGAUGAAACUGAUUAUGCCCCAGCUGAGCUCACAGAACGGAGCGUGGAAAACUGUGAGGGACUUCACGAAACAGUUGACAGCGGAAACACGACGCUUGCCACUGGCCACGAUACCUUGACUCCAGCCCAUGACUUCGAACCUGUGCCUGGGACCUCCAAGGCUGAUGAGGAUAAUGAUCCACCAAUCCAAGCGCCUUUCCCAGAAGCUUCAUCUUCGGAUGAAGGCACAUCUUCAGGAUCCAGUACAACUGUAUCCAUAGAAGAUAUUUCACCAAUUCCUCGAGUGGAAAGAAGCAAUAACGCACGUAAACGUGCGGCAGGAAAAGCAGAGGAACUGACGAGCAGUCCGUACAAAGCGAGGCUUCUUCAACAGUUGGAGAACAAAAAGUCAAAAGGCCGUAAAGGAAAUCAAAAGACAGCUAACCAGGGUGGGAAAAAGAAAACAGGAGGGAAAAAUCAGUCAAAAAGCGACAUGAGUGGGGGAAAAUCUGCACAGAACACUACUUCCAAAUAUGAGUGCAUAUUUUGUUCAGAACAGUACGUAGAGCCAAUCACGGAAGACUGGAUUCAAUGUUCCUCUUGUAAGGAAUGGUGUCACGAACGUUGUGCUGAUUUAGAGAGCGACAGUGCCCUGGAACCGAAACACGGUACACAGAACUAUGACCCACAGUAUAAAUUUCGCCAAGUUCUAGACCACUUCAACGCAGCAUGGGCCCGCGAAUUUCAGCUAAAUCGCAUGGUGUCGAUUGAUGAGUCUAUUGUGGGCUUCAAAGGGCGGCAUGACCUGGUAAAUUAUAUCAGAAUAAAGAAACACCACCAGUGGGGACCUAAAGAAUACAAUCUAUGUGAUUCUUUGACCGGUUACCUGCAUCAGACGAUGUACCACCAAGCAGGGACCAAAAAAAGCCAGUACGGACAACCUUAUGAUGUAUGUGCCAAACUUAUGGCUCCACAUGAGAAUAAAAACCAUCUUUUAGUGGUAGACAACUAUUACACCAGCAUUCCGCUGGCUGAACAGAUGCUGAAAAAGGGGGUCUAUGUGACGGGAACAGUUCGUUGUGAUCGCCGUAAUCUACCUGCUCAGGUGAAGAAAAAAAACAACAAAAAGGGUGAUGUUACUGCCAUGAGAAAAGGACAGGUCUUAGCUAUCAGUUGGGGGGACAGAAAGCAAGUUAGACUGAUAUCCACUAGUUCUUCAGCAACUUCUGUGAAUAAAACUACAAGAAGGAAUGUUGUAAAACAAAUUCCGGAAAUUGUGACUGAGUACAACGCCGGCAUGGGAGGAGUCGAUAUAUCAGAUCAGAUGACAGACCACUAUGCUCCAGAACUGGGUACAGUGAAGUGUUGGCGUAAAGUAGUGUUCCAUCUGAUUGACAGAACUCUGACAAAUGCAUACAUUUGUUACAAGAACAAUCCAAAUGACCCCACUCCUUUAAACAAACAGAAGACGCAUUGUGACUUCAUUAUCUCUGUUGUUGAGGUUCUGAUUGGCGGCUAUUCUGAGCCUCGUGGGAAGGUUGACAGAAACACGCAUAGAAUUCGAGGAAUAGACAACAUAGAGGAAGUUCUACGGAUGUUGGACGAUCUCAGUGACACAGAUAUUGAUUUAGACGAUGGGGAUGAUACUGUGGAUUCCGAUUUGGACGGUGAUUUAGAUGUUGACACUGCAUCUAUGCCCGACGAUUUACAGGGUACCGGUAAUGUGAGUGGACCUGAUGUGAGAGAUGAUGAUGAUCGUUUUUCUGAUCAGGAAGUAAGUGACUCUGAUUCAUCUGAUAAUGAAAAUGAUUUUGUGAGACAUACUGCAAGGUCGGCAGAACGGGGGAGAGGCGCUGGGCGCGCCAGGCCUCGCCAACGUGGUCCUGGUGUCAGGGUUCGUGGUCGUGGUGUCAGGGUUCGUGGUGGGCGAAUUGUUACGCAGAGAGAUAGAUCACGAAGCCCUGUCAGAGUGCCUGAUGGACAUAAUUUGUUUGUAUGGGAGGAGAAAAUAAAUGACAGAGUCACAAGGAAUUUUGCAGAAAGAAUAGGCCCACAGAGACGCUAUCCAGAGAAUACCACUUAUCUAGACGUGUUUGAGGAAUUUUUUACUGAGGAGGUGUGGAAGUUGCUUGUUGAUAUGACAAAUCUAAAUGCUGAGACUAAACGCAGAGAAAAUCCAAAUAAAAAUCGAGGCAAAUGGGAAAAUGUAACUGUCACAGAAAUGAAGGUUUUUAUUGCUCUUGUUAUUUCCUUGGGCAUAAUAAAACUUCCAACCCUUGGCGCGUACUGGCAAAAGAAGAAGUGGUUUUUUGAUAUACCCUCAUUCAACAUGGUUAUGCCACGAGACCGAUUCAACCAGAUUUGGCGGUACCUGCACUUUUGUAAUGAGGCUGAGGCACCCCAGGACAAUGACCCUGAUAGGGAUAAACUAUACAAAGUCAGACCCUUACUGGACUUACUCCUCCCUCGUUUCCAAAGUGUGUACGUACCUGAAGAGUACAUCUCCAUUGAUGAAUCAAUGAUUCCAUUCAAGGGACGUAUCGGAUUUAGGCAAUUCAUUGCCAACAAACGCACCCGAUUUGGAAUAAAAGUGUGGGUGCUUGCAGAAUCUAGUACCGGUUACGUUCCUCGACUUCAGAUCUAUACAGGGAAGGACCCCGUUGGGUGGACCACAGGUCCCCUACCUCGGGGACCCAUGGGUCACCAAGCACCAUGA